AUGUCCCGCCGCUCAACCCGAGGCGCGCCCGCGCCCCUUCCUGCCCGUGGCUCAGCCUCGCUCGCAGCGACACCGACGCCCGGCCCGUCAUUCCCGGCGUCGUCUCUCCCACAGCCUCUGUCCCUCCCGCCCGACGCGCCGUUCGCGGACCAGUACCGCACCUUGCGCACGCACUGGAAAUGGGCCAACUUUUCCCAGUUCUUCUUUACUUUUGCACCUCUGUUCAACAUGCCGGAUGUUUCUAUCGUGGAUAUCGAGGACGACCUGGCGCGCGGAACGAAUAUCGUACUGCCCAGAGUCAUGUGCCGGCUGAUGACCGUACUCAUGCAAGACCGCAAGCUAACUGUCGACACCUGGCAAGCCUCCAUGCGCCGCCAAUACCUCCGCCGCGACCCGGACAAGAACCCGUUGGGCCCGCCGCCCGCUCUCUAUGCCCGUACGGCAUCGCCCGAGCUCGAGGCUGGACCAUCGAAUACCGCAAAAAAGGAGGACGAUGACAAGAACGACGGAGAGACAGCGGAUACCGACCAUGGUGACGAAGCACCGCCAAACCCUCAACCUGACGGCGAAGACGUCGAGAUGAAGGACGCCGACGACGCUAACGAACCCAAGCCCGACGUCGACAACAAUGCCACGGCCGGCGAACCUGUCGAUGAACCCAAGGAAGAAGAGGCCGCCGACGACGGUCAGCUGAAGUCCGACGAACCCGCCGAAGAGCCUCGCGACUGGAAUACGCUCCCCAUGCUCGAGAAGCUCGACUCUAUGGUCCUCCUUACCGAAUGGCAAUUCCAGAACCAGGCCCGCUUCCGUCAGACUAUGAAGAGCGACGAUGACUUCGCGACGUGGCGUAUUGAGCCUAUUGGAUAUGAUGCGAAGAGUAACGCUUAUUGGUUGAUUGGUGCCGACCGUUUAUGGAUCCAGCGCAACCCGCCUCGUCCACCCCGUCCACUCAAGCGUAAACGAGCCCCGCCCAAGAAGAAGGCCCCGUCACCUUCACCCUCCGUCCCAUCUGAGCUCUCCGAGCCCGAAGAAGACCUUGCACCAAAACGCCCUCGUCGCGCCGCUUCCAAUGCGAAUGCCAAGAAGUCCAACGGUCGCGCGAAGGGCAAGGGCAGGGCCGCUGAGGUCGAGCCUGAGCCCGAUGAAGAGGUGCACGGACGAGGCUCGCGGAAGGCUAAGACGCAAGCGAAUGCCAAACUCGAUGCUCAAGCGAAAGAGCUCGCUGCUCUUCAACGUCAGGCAGCGCUCGAGAAACGCCGUGGGCCGGCUCCUGCUGCCACUAUAUCCGCCGCCGCUCAGAGUCCACGGGCGACGCGGGGCACGAGAGUCAGUGCACGGUUGAGGGGCGCGGAGACUGAGUGGCAGGAUGUUCCAGCCGAGUGGCUUGCGGAUGGAGAGAAGGACGAUGCGGAGGAUGAGGCCGCUAAGACUGGGUUGGAAGACGACGACGCUGUCUCGGAACUCAGCUCGCUCAGCGACCUAUCCGAACUUGAACCUGAGCCCGAACCUGAACCUGAGGAGGAAGUUGUCGAGGAGGAGAAGCCUGCGCCCCGUACGAGGAGAGCUCCCGCAAAAAGUAAAGGGAAGGGCAAGAAGAAGGCUCCGGCUCGGGCGCGCAGGGCGAAAGCUGUCGUUGAGGCGGAAGACGUGGUCGAGGAAGUGGAGGAGAAGCAGGAGCCUGAAGAAGAGUGGAAGCCGCCUGCGGACUGGAUUGAGUGGGAAGCCAUUGCUAUCACCCUACGCGAAUGGGAAGUCGUGGCCGAGCCAUUCGCGAAAGCUACGCAUUACACUGAGAAAGCUCUCUACAAGCGGCUCACGAACGAGAUCGUACCUAUCGUCGUCGGUGCUAUGCGGGAGGCUGAGAAGAAACGACUUCUCGAAGAGUCCGUCCAGUCACGCAAGCGCUCGUCAAGGCUUGUCGCGAAGGAGCAUGAGGCCGCUGAGAUCAAGGCUGCGGCUGAGAAGGCAAGAGAGGAGGAAGAGCGGAUGGCUCGCUCACGGCGCGCUGAAGCGAGGGAGAAGAAGGAAGCGGAAGAGCGUGAACGCCGUGAAAACGCCCGUGAAGCCCGCCGUCGGGAGCGUGAAGAGCGCGAGGAGCGUCGACGCAAGAUGACGGAGGCCGAACACGAGGGCAAUGCUACGACUGGCGACGAAGAUGGUGACGUGGACGUCGAUGGCGAGCAGGAGGAGGAGGAAGAGAGCGAGCCUGAGUCCGAGCCUGCGAAGAAGACUCGCAAGCGCAAGCGUGCACCAGCCAAGUCCGCACCUGCUGCCGAUGCGAUCACCACUUCCGCGUCAAAGCCUCGCGCUAAACGUACGCCGAAAGAGCCCAAGGACGGUGAACACCAACACCAGCCCCGCGCGAGGAAGAGCUCUGGGAAGGACAAGAACGACUGGGUUCUCGCUUGCGAGCUCUGCAAUAAGACCGCCAAAGAUACCUCCGUUCAGCUCGUCCAAUGCGUCACUUGUCAACGGUGGCAGCAUAUCGCGUGCCACGAUGCAGCCGAUGCGCGCGCAGGCCGUCCAAAGCGCGAUUGGCGAAGGGUGCAGUUCCGCUGCGCGCGGUGUGCACCGCUGCCCGGUCAGCCUGUCCCGCUCUCGGUCCCAGGGCAAGGGCAUGGUCAACAUGGGAGAUACGCGACGGGUCCGGUUGGUGUACAGGCGUAUGGCGUGAGGGGCUAUGCGGAACAGCCUGGCGCCGGCCCGGCCUAUCCUGGUCAACAGGCUGAGGGAGCGAGAUAUGCGAACGGGGCACGCGGAUUCGUUGGACCGGGUACGAAUGGAAUGGGACCGUAUACCCCCGGGCUCGCUACUCCGGUGUACGGCCCUGUCAGACCUGGGAGUGGCCAUUUCGGCUCAGGCCUGUAUACUGCGUUCGGGAACGGCAACACAGGCUCACCAUUCGGUGGCCCGACCUCGGGCGCUACGAUUUACAGCGCUCGCGCUCAUGCUCACGAGCAGAACCAGGCGCAUAGUCAGAGUCAGGUUCAGGGUCAGAGUCAAGGCCAUUUCGCGGCGCAGACUCGCUAUCCGGGAUACCCGCAGGCACAACACCACCAGGCGCAAGCGCACCCGCAACAGCCCCAUCCUCACGCGUCACAGCAGGCGCAACAUGCUGGGAUGUCGAUCCAGGAUCAGCAGGCGUAUAUCCAGCAGCGCGAACAGUUCGCGUACCGCCAGCAACAGGCGUAUAUCCAGUCGCAGCAGCUGGCGCAACAGCAACAAGCGCUCCGGCAGCAGCAACAGCAACAGCAGCAACAGCCUGCUGUCGCCUCGGAGGGCGCACUCGCGUAUCUGGCCCAUCUCGCGCAGACUCAGGCGCAGGGACAAGCGCAGGGCUCGGCUACGCAUGCUGCUGGUCAGAGCAUGAGUCCGCAUUCGUCGAUGCCGGGUACGCCGCAUACGCCGCAGCAGGCGUCGAAUGGAUUCUUCCAAGGUGGCCCCGCGUAA